CGUACCAUUUUAUAUAUCUUGUCAUGGUCAUCAUGUCGUUUCAUGGUCAUCUUUCACGAUUAACUUGUUUACUUUAGUAAGAAUGCAAUGGUAAACCAAUGGUGCUUGAAUCUGCCCUGGAUCAGGAAGGACUGAUAAUCUCAACGUCACGCCAUGCCAUGCGGCUUUGGAAGCAACAUAAAUCGCAUCGCUCCUGAGCCUGGUCCAUUCGAAGGGUAUGAGCUUGUAGAAAUCCGUCCAAAAAGAAAGCUGCGUAUCCUUCAUCUGAACGAAUCUCCACGGGAAGAAAAGUGGAUCCAGGAAAGUGAGAAGCAUGCUCGAAUUCGACAGUUUUUUGAAAAGGCAGGAAGUAUUGAUCGACAUGUCUUCGAAGGGAAGGAAGGCAUGUCCACUCCAACAAGUACCAAAUCUAAAAUGCAGAAUAACGUGGAAAGUUCUCGGGAAAACUUUGCGAAAGCGAAAGAGAAUGGUGCUCCCAGAACGAUGCAGGAUUAUGUGCUGAAUGAAAGAGAUGCAAUAGGAAGUUCAGAAAUCAAAGCCAGCUUCCCUGGAGAGACAUCUGAUUGUAAAGAGGGCCGAUCAAGUUCAACGUCUCAGGAAUUCAGGAAUAGUCCGUCCAAUGUUUCUAAUAAAUCUGAUCAUUCUCAUGAUUUCUUACCUCAGAGUUUGGGCAAACAUGUUCGUUUAAGACUUGAUGUUCAAUCGGAAGAUAGAACUGGAAGCAGUUGCGGUGGUCAGAUUAUACCAAAUGAGAAUACUGUGAUAUUUUUCUUCCAUGGAGUAGGCGGGUCUAGUGAUAUGUGGAGGGCGCAGUUGGACUACUUUUCCGGUCUUGGAUAUGAGGUCGUUGUUCCUGAUCUUGUCGGCCAUGGCUUGAGCAUGGCACCGGAUGAGCCUGGUGCUUAUGAGUUCAAAGAGAUUAUGUGGGAUUUGGUUGCUGUUUUUGAUAGGUACUUCAAGAAGCAGAAUGUGAUUAUAGGACACUCUUAUGGGUCUUGUUUUGCCACAGUGGUCUCCCGUAUGAGGCCCCGGCGAGUGUCCAAGCUGGUGCUGAUCAGCGGUGGGGGUCCCACUCCCCUCGCUCCACAACCUGGCAUUUUCUCUCUUCCUGUCUGUAUGCUUGAAUGCAUCAAACCUUUCUUAGUUUGUAGUUUUAGAAGGAACGCAUUUACUGCCAAGAACAGGAACCAGAUCACUGGCGAACAGGCCUUCGAUAUCCCAACAUAUGUAUUCCGCUAUAUCAUGCGUGGCCAGGAUUGGUUGGAUGGGGACGAGGUGUUUCACCGAUUGCUGAAUGUUGCAACACUGCUGGUCUAUGGUGCCAAGGAUCAACUGGUUAGCUUGGAGGAUGAGCAGGACAUGGAAAAGUGUAUUGCCGGCUCUAAACUAGAGGUGGUCGAGGAUGCAAGUCACAUGGUCAUGAUAGAAUCUCCCGACAAAGUCAACAGUCUCAUUCAUAACUUCUUGUUGGAGGACAUUACUGUAGAAAACUACCAACUUGUUAUGCACAGCCAACCAAUAGUGUCUGCUCGAACUAGGAAGAGUUUGCCAGAUUUAGGAAGUACAGUAGAACCUCCUUUAGCGGACACCUCUCUACUAAGGACAACCUCUCUAUUAAGGACACUAGUUUUGGUCCCAAAUUGGUUGUUGCCAUUCAAUUUGACCUCUCUUAUCAGGACACCUCUCUUUUAGGGACAGCACUUGUCAGUCCCGAGGGUGUCCUUAAUAGAGAGGUUCUACUGUAUAGUAUUCUAGAGAAGUGGGUAACUUCAAGGCUUGAAGGUAAACUGGCAGGUGAUUUGAAUGUGGAUGGGUAGGUAAUGUAAGGGGUGACUUAAAGGUAAACUGACAGUUGCCUGAAGGUAUAAAACUGACCUCAGUGUACAUUAUUUCAUAUGUGGGAGUAUUCCCUGUUAUAUUUUUGUGGCUUUUUCUUACAUGUUUAUACAUUUUCAACAAUACAUUUUGUUAGAACAUAGUUUACGUGAUUUGUAACACAGUGUGCUAAGUAGACUCAUGGAAAAAUCUUCCAUCCAGGCGAUGUUGGCUUGUAUUGCAUAUUGCGUUUAGUUGAUUAAGGUGGUCAGUAUAUAGUCAAUAUUUUCAUUCCACUCAAAUUCUUUUAUCGUUUGCAUGCAUUGAUCCAAGUCAGUAGCAGACGACUUGUAGAAAUCCAUCAUUUAGCUGUUAUUGGUUUAUCCGUAACGUUUCAAAGCUUUUCUUGCUACGAGCCAAGCCAAUAUGAUUCAAACGUAACUGUCGUUCAUGAGCCCAUUACAGUGUGUUUAUCAUGGCUGCAUAGGAAUUGUGAUGAGAAUUUUAUCUGCCUGAUUGAACAUGUUUCAUUAUGACAAACACUGAUCGAUAUGAAUGAUGUGGGUGAAUGCAACUCGAUUCCAUGCAUAGUUUAUCGUUUUUCGUUCAAGUUCAAUUAGUGGUUGUUUACAUUCUGCUAUGUAGUUUCAAUUUCAAGGUAACAUGUAAUUUUCUUUUGAAAAUGCAUUCAAAAACCUUGGGAGUGAGUUUAUUGGCUACAUACAUGAUAUAUCAAGGUGGCUGUCCUCCAAACUUGUUAAAAUUAGCAGGUAUUGAUCAGCAUCUUGUUGCCAUGACAACUUACUUGCCUACUGAGAUACACUUGACGCGAUGCCCUAUUGUCAAGUUUUGGAAGUGGGUGGAGUCAUUGACAAAAAAUUUUUUUGACUCUAAAAGGUACAUGUUUGUAUCAUACAAGUGUGUUUUCAAGUAAUUUGGCUGGUUGCAAAAAAACUCAAAAUUAAAUUUUUAAAUUAUUAAUUAACCAGACAGAAUUCUGCUUUGUGGUCACAAUUUUUACUUUUGCUCUGACUAUGUAUAUACUAUAUGUUGGAGAUAUCUAUUUUAUAAAUGGGCACUAGUAUGAUAAACCCAUCAGGUCUUUGGAGUUUGGUCUUGUUGUAUAUGAAUGUACAUGUACCUUUGUAUUUUCACAAAUGUUAAAAAAUAGUAACUUAGCUGUAAUAAAUUGACC